CUUGGAAACCAUGCGCUGCACCUCCAUUCCCUGUAGAUCCCAAUAGAUAUACCACGGGAUCUUGGAGAUGGCAAAGAAAAUCGCGACAUCGCACUAUCAAGACAUCCAUAUGGAUACCGCCAAAGGAAUAACGAUGGGGCUUCGAGACAUUCAUAUGGGAACAGCCAGAGGAGAUCAAUGGAACGACGAUAUCAACAUGGACACCACCAAACAGGCCACGACUGUGAAAGCCACGGGGCUAAAGCUAUGGGAGAGGGAGCUUCUAGAAAGCUCGGAAGUCAAGCGAAAGGCAACGGUGGCUCAGCUUUAUUUUUUGGAUUACUACUUUCAAUGUUUGGGUUAUCUUGCGGCAAGGAAGGAGAGACGAGCAAGAUUCGAUGCGGAUACGUCCAAACGUCAGCCGACAGCCUCAGAGUUCGCUGCAGAGUUCAAGUCUUACUGUGGACGUGAACGUGUGUUACUACGGAAGCGUCGCGCAAAACUCAGGGUCGAACAAUUUCACAUCAUAGCGCAAGUCGGACAGGGUGGAUAUGGCGAAGUGUUUUUGGCUAGAAAGCAGGAAACCGGGGAAGUAUGCGCUCUAAAGAAGAUGCGGAAGCGGACGUUGUCCAAGAUGGAUGAAGUGAGACAUGUUUUGGUAGAACGGGACAUAUUGACGGCAACCAAGACGCCUUGGCUCGUUCGCCUGCUCUACGCCUUUCAGGACUCUGAAAACGUAUACCUCGCGAUGGAAUAUGUCCCUGGUGGUGAUUUUAGAACUCUUCUCAACAACUCUGGAGUCUUGAAGGAGGAACACGCUCGAUUUUACAUAAGUGAAAUGUUUGUUGCUGUGAACGAGCUUCAUAAAUUAGGUUACAUCCAUCGCGAUUUGAAGCCCGAGAACUUCCUGGUGGAUGGCACCGGUCACGUCAAGUUGACUGACUUCGGCUUGGCUACGGGUGCUCUGAACCCAAAGCGAAUCGAAUCUCUGAAAAUAAAACUGGACAAAGUCAAGGACAAUCAAGUCGUAUAUCGAUCCACGCUUGAGAGGCGAUCGAUAUACCGUUCUAUCAGGCGCGAAGAUCCCCGUUAUGCGGAUUCCAUCGUGGGGUCUCCCGAUUAUAUGGCACCUGAAGUUCUACGCGGCAAGCCAUACACUUACUCCGUGGAUUAUUGGUCUUUGGGAUGCAUCUUUUUCGAGUUCCUUGCUGGAUUCCCUCCGUUUAGCGGAAGCACACCUGAAGAAACCUGGACUAACCUUAAAAACUGGACGAAGGUGCUGCGAAGACCAGAAUACGACAAACCCGAGGACCUCAUUUUCAACUUGACGGACAUUGCUUGGGAUGCCGUAACAAGGCUUAUUUCGCACUCAAGCGUCCGCUACUCGUCGCUGACGCAGGUAGCUGGACAUCCGUUUUUUGAUGGCGUCAAGUGGGAGGACCUACGUUCUACUCGUGCUCCGUUCGUUCCGGCAUUAGACUCGGAGAUCGACACAGGUUAUUAUGACGAUUUCACGUCCCCAGAAGAUAUGGCAAAGUAUGCUGAGGUGCAGGAGAAACAGAAGAAUGUGGAGAAGGUUCGAGAGAAGGAUGAGCCGACCUCCAGAGGAGUGUGGGUGGGUUUCACGUUCGGUAAGAAUGGCCCGAGUAACAGGUUUCUGGCGGCCAUGGAUGACACGGGUCGUGAGGACGGUGCUCUAGCAACGAUAUUUUAACUGAUGUAGUGCUACCAUUUGUGCUGUGGUUACUCAUGGGGAAUUACAUAAGCCUCUGGAAAGGAAAGUUUCAAACUCCGUCGAGC